UGGGAUUGUGAAUUAUGACAUAGUGAGCAAAGAGAGCUCGGAGUACAACAGCCAGCAGAGGUAGCAGAGUCAUUCAUGUUGUGUUAUUACGACGAUGAUUAUUCGUGAUUCGUGAGUUUUUUCCACCGAUAAGUGUCAAGGUGCCUGGUGAGGCAGGAAAAAGAUAAAGUUUAGCAACUCUGGGAUGAUUUGUGAUUCGUGAGGUGCUUUCCCAAAGAAGGUGUGUUGUGUGCGUCGCAGAACAGCGUGCGGAAAGAACCAAAGAUCAAUUUCUUUGGAGAUUGAGCAACCUGCAAUCGCGUGAAUCUUGAGGAAAAGUGUCGUCGUGCUGCGAAUUAUUGGCUGUGCUGAUACACAGGAGAAGGAUUCUGGGGAGGAAAGAUGAGCUUCCUGCCAAAAGUAUCAAACUGGAAGGCUGCAAUUGCCAUUCUCCUCGUCUUUGUGGGCUGCUGCAGCAAUGUUGUCUUCCUGGAGCUCUUGGUCAAAUAUGAUCCUGGCUCUGGGAAUUUGAUAACCUUCGCUCAAUUUGCAUUUAUUGCAAUUGAAGGAUUUAUAUUUACGCAUCGCUUUGGCACACAACCCGCGAGGAUUGGCUUCAAAGACUACACCAUCCUCGUGGCGAUGUUCUUCACAUCGAGCGUCUGCAACAACUACGCCUUUGACUUUAACAUUCCCAUGCCGUUGCACAUGAUCUUCCGUGCGGGAUCCCUCAUUGCCAACAUGAUCAUGGGGAUAAUAAUAUUGAAGAAAAAUUAUGAUUUCUCCAAAUACUUUUCCGUCCUGCUCAUUACAUUUGGAAUCAUUAUCUGCACCAUUGUGUCCGGAUCUGAUGUGAAAGAGAGCAAAUCAGCGGCAAAAGUCAUCGAGGAAGAAUCAGAUCCUGCUUCAGUUUUCUUCUGGUGGACCCUCGGAAUCACCCUGCUGACUGUGGCUCUCUUCAUUUCCGCCCGAAUGGGUCUCUAUCAGGAAGUUCUCUACAAACGCUACGGCAAACACCCCCGAGAAGCUCUCUACUACACCCACUUACUCCCUCUGCCGGGUUUCCUCCUUCUAACUGGAAAUAUUUGGGAACAUUUGCAAAUUUGCGCUGCAAGCCCCCCAGUUAAUGUGCCUGUAUUGGGAAUUGGAAUUCCCAUUGUUCUUCUGUACCUCCUGGGGAAUGUUCUCACGCAGUAUGUAUGCAUUAGUUCUGUUUACGUUCUAACAACUGAGUGCAGCUCAUUGACGGUGACACUGGUGGUGACACUGAGGAAGUUUGUAUCACUCCUCUUCUCCAUUGUCUACUUCCAAAAUCCCUAUACAAUUUAUCACUGGAUCGGGACAAUUUGUGUCUUUUACGGGACAAUUGUCUUCACCGAAGUGAUUCCCAGCAUAAAACGUUCGCUGGCAAGUCGAAAGGAUGCCGCGAAGAAGGUUGACUAAAUUAGGAAAAUUGUUUUUGAAUUAAUUUGUCUUUUUUUGUACCAUUAAAACUUGUGAUUUUACCAUAUCGUCCUUUAUGAAAAAAAGAAAAAGGAAAUCAAUCAAUUUUGAUCAGAGCUUUGUGACGCUUAAAGGGUGUUUUUUUUACACUUUCAUCGCUAUAUAUAUAUUGGUUCUAUCUCAACAUUUUACAUAAUAUACAAAUAACUUUGCAAACAGACAACAACAACAUACAUAAUAAAAUGUUCGCAUAAUAACAGAAUAAUGCUCAACAAAUUGAGAAAAGAGAAAAAAAGCUAAGAAAAAACGAAAGGAUUAGGAAACUUUGCACAUUUCAUCACUCAUUGCCGGUGUUAGGGCUCCACCCUGUAGGACCGUGUUGACGGCAGCUCGAGCCAAGUAGCCUGUAGUUUCGGAAUAGCUCAGGGAAUACAGUGGGGAGAUAUCCUUGGAAAUCUCCUUCUUGUUAUCCUUGCAGUACAUGAUGAAGGCACUCUCGAGCAAUUGAUCGAGAUCGAGAAUUUGCUGAAAUUGCAAUUCAGGAUUUCGACUUAGGAUCUUUGCAACAAUUCCCAGCAGUUCAACGGUCAAUUGACGCCUCUCCGGGAGCUCAAUGUGAAUUAGAGUCUCCUCCACGAGGAGCGAGAAGGACAAUUCACUGCGACUCAUACUCGUGAGGGUGGGUGUAGCGGGUAAAUGGUGCCCCUGCACGUGAAUCCCUUCUGGGGUACGUUGCAGUACAUCCCACACCCAAUUGUAGAAUUGAUCCGGAACGCGACACAGGCAACCCUCCAACUGACGCCGUUGUAGUGUUGAUAGACUGAAAGAAAGGAAAGUUUUUUCUUUUUAAAUAAAUUUUGAAAAUUUAGGAAAAUUUGAAAAAGAAAAAUCAAUGAAAUUAAAGAAAAAAUUAAAAACUUCUAAUACAGGGUUGAUAUAUUGAGAUAUUUAUGAGAUUUUUAACUCUAGAAGCUAAGAAAAUAUUCAUACUUAAAGCAACUAAAACUAAUAUACCUUUCAUUAGUUGCCCAUUGUUGCACCGUAAGAACAUGAUGGAGCAAUUGACGCACUUCAUACGGAGAGAGAUUCUCCAAAUCAGUCCCUUGAGCUGCAUUCGAAAUGUGCAAAUAGAGCCUCAUUGCCUCAAGUACCCAACCCACGCGAAUCUACAAAUUGAAAUUAAUUUAAAAAAAAAUUGUUGCAAUUUCAUAUGAAGGAGUUUAUUCACUUUGUGUAUACGUAAAAUAAUUUUGUGAGAAGAAUUUAGAAUGAAAUGAAAGAAAAACUCAAAAGAAAAUUGAUUUUCUCCUGAAAGAAAUUAAGAAAAUUCGUUAAAUAUUCGCGCUCUAAAAUAAGAAAAAACCACGCCCCGUUGCAUCUUAUUUUUAUCUCAAUAUAAUAAUUAAUAAAGCACCGACGCAUUUGCUUCAAGCACAGAUAAAAGAUAAAAUGAAUAUUGUAGAAGGCCGACGUGUACGUAAGAUUGAGAAAAGAGAGGAAUUUUUGGAAUCCUCCUUCCGGUGAGCGUCGAUUAAUUUUGAUUCAGCAAUUAAAACAUUCGAAUUGCCAGAGCUUUCGACACUCUGCGUGUCAUCCUCAGUAACUGUGGAGGAUAAAGAGAGGUAUUCACGAUCUGAGGAGUUAGUCCCCAAAGAGGUAAUCAAAUUUAAUUUUUUAAUUAUCAUAUCGCAUUGUUAAAGAUUGAAGAAAAGAGUGGUCACUUCCCGGAAAAGUGCUGGGAAAUAUACGAAUUUUCACAUUUUAAAAAAUGUACAGAAUGAGAAUAAUUUUCAAAGUAAUUCAAGCAAAUUUUAACUGAGUUUUUCAGCUUUCAUCGAAUGAAUUUUUAAAAAAUCAUCUAAAACAAUUGUUUAAUAAAGCACCGACGCAUAUGCUUCAUGCACAAAAAUGAAAAGUAAUUUUUAAAAAAAUGGGGCCUAGUUUUUUUUUGUAUUUUUUUACGGGAAAUCCUUACUGAAUUUUUCCACUUAAUUUCAGGGCAAAAAUAAAGAAAAAUCUCUGAAUAAAAAGAAUAAGAUCAUAGCAGAAACAAAUGUGAAUAGACUCCUUUCAAAUCUUCAGCCAAUAAAACAUUACUAACCUUGAGAAUUCCACGAAACAUCUCUGGGGUUGUUGCAAUUAGACGUCCACAGUAGAGGACAACUUCUUGCUGGAGUACAGCAUGAAUGACAUUAAGGGGUUGUACGGAUGUGUACAUGACUUCCUGUAUCUCAGCCGGGGUCAUUGGUUUAUCAAACACCGUCUCCUUCUGCCCAAUAAUCCCCACUGUAAUUUGCUUCCCAUUCACAAGGACUGUGGUGAUAAAGGGCGAAAUGGAGUCAACAAUGUGAUGAAGGAGGGAACUGCAGUAGCGCACAACACGCCAAUAGCGCAGGGAUCCGGCGCGAUAGUAGAGAUCCGUAAUACACUGAUACAGUGUCCUCCCGUCAAUUUCAAAACUCAUCUCUUGGCGCUUCAUGAGAAUCUCCAGGAGUUGCACCAUCCCGUACAGGGAGGAUGUCCGUCUUAGGGCCUCAAUGACAUCCUCAUUGGGGCGAUGGUGGAAUUCCUUCAUGGAAAUUCUCUCAUCCACAUACGUCAUGGCCUUGGGGAUAUCCGUGAGGCUCUGAUAGCCAAUGUACUCAUGCGUCACCUGACUGAAUGCCUCACAGCUCUCGGGGAGCUCAGACUGUGACAUAAAGUCCAAAUGUUCCAUGCAUGAGCUGGAAAUUAGAUUCUGUAGACGUCCUAUUCGUACCUUCAUCCCAUCGCAGUAACCCUUCUUCAGCAUUGCCAACAAAUCGAGCAUUUCCUUGAAUUGCGGAUCACGCAUAUGCUCUUCGCGAAUCAACAGGCAAACUGUUGGUCUCCCCGAGAGUCUCCAAUACUUCCCAACAAAUUGCAAUUCUGUCUUUAUGUCAUCUGCAAGCAGGGAAUAAAAAAGGAAAUUCCUUUCAAUCUCUUGAAAUUUUCUCAAACUCUUUCAAUCAAUGCGUUUACCAAUAAGUAGAGCCAUGUCACGAUAGAGAUAAAAAUCCGACACUUCGAAAAUUAAUGGAUAACAGAGGACGGUCAUUCCGCAAAUUCUGUAAACUUUGGAAGUUCCUAGAGAACCAAUAGGUCUCGGUGGUCGUCCCGAAACACCAAUUUUCUCAUUAACACCCAAUUGCUGGUACACCUGAAUUAGCUUCGUUGACGACCAUAUUUGUACAGGUUCCACCUUUAAAGUGAAAUUAGUACCAAAAAUAAAGAGCAAAUAAAAUAAAUUUAUUAAAAGGAGCUUAUUCAUCGAUAAAUGAUUUGAAGAAAUAAUGAAAAAAGUAGAAAAGACGUCAUAAAUCCAUUAAUCAAUGCAUAAACUCCUUCAAAACGGGAUAAGGGGGCUUACUCUCGAGAAUUUCUAAGGAUUUUUCUUAAAAAUUUAAUGUAAAUGAAAUUUAAAAAAAUCAAAUACUAUUGUACAUGAGAUUAUGAACUUUUGUUAAAUAAAUGAAAUUCUUUGUAUUGUUUAGGGAAAAA